AUCCCUGCUUAUGUGGUAGGACCACCAAUGGAGUUUGCCUGUGGGUUUGUUUAUGUCCCUCCAUCAACCUAUCAGAGGGAAGUCCAAACGAAACCACAAAUUGCAGUUAAACGUUCAGCUCUCCUUCCUCCCCCAAACAGAAUCCGUCCCCGCAGUCCUCCCCCUCCUCCUCCAGCACCCUCCCCAGAACUACAAAAACAACAACACCACUCUCCAGAACAGAGAAUCACUGAGAAAUCUUUUAAAAAUGCUCUGCUCCCCCCAUUCAUGCGAUCUCAAUCGCCUGCUUGCGUCCAGCCAAUCCCAGGCCCACCUUCCCUUCUCCCUUCCAAUAGCCAGAGGCUGACCUAUGACCUUCCAGAGAAGGAACCAGACAUUGGGAGUCAUCCAUGGGAUCCAGACUACUCAUACAAUAUCCCAGAAGGCAGUGGGGAAGAGAUGAAGCAUCCAAACACCACCGGCAGCAGUGGAUCUGCACAGAAGUCAGCUCCAGCCUUGCCACCAAGACCUUCCUUUAUGAGGUCCUGUCCAGAAUACCUAGUUCUGUUGCCUGAUUCUUUCUCCUCCUCAAAGUCUUCCUCUUCACCCUCCAGUAAAUCCUCACAAUUGCAACUACUAAUGGCCAUUUACUACACAGGAUCAAGGGAACCAUUGGUGGGGAAUCCAAAUGUGAUCCUAGUCAGUUUGGGGGAGCUGAUAUCAGAGGAAAACGUGUUCACCAUAGAGGGAGAGCCCACCUGCUGCUCCCAGUGUGGCUCUGUGCUGGACUCCUUCUAUGACAAUGUGGUGAAUGUCUGUUAUUUUUGCCAGUCAUCAUUGGAACCACCUACCUCCUCAUCUGCAAUCUGUCUCGGUUGCCAGGACAGUGUCUUUCUGUUGACCCCUGGUGACAAGGCCCUGACCCUUACAGACACACUGCUCCUGUUCUGUAUCGACAUCUCAGCGUCCAUGAGUAUCACCUCCCAGGUGUUGGAAGGAAAACAGCCAAUCCACAGGUCACGUCUUCAGUUUGUUCAGGAAGCAGUGUUACAGAGUGUUCGGAAGCUGAGUGAAACACAACCACACAUGCGAGUAGGACUCAUCACGUUCAACAAUCAGGUGACUCUGCAUGGAUAUGACGAGUUCACCUCACGUUCUUUGGGGGGUGCGGAGUUGAUUGACAGUGAAUACCUUAAGGAAGCAGCGUUCAGCUUCCCCAGCCCACCCCCCCUCUCCAAGACCAGGGACUGUCUACAGAGAGAGAUUCUGGGAUUGUCUGAGAGUGGUGCCACGGCUUUAGGUCCGGCUUCUCUUGUAGCCAUAGCGAUGGCUUCUCGGCAACCAGGAUCAAAGGUGAUCAUCUGCACAGAUGGAAAGGCCAACACAGACCUGGGGAAUCUGGAGGUGGAGGGCAAUGAUGCUCGACCUUGCCUCUCCUCCACUAUCUUCUACUAUGACCUGGGGGAGUACGCUGCUAGCCAGGGGGUGACAGUAUCAGUGUUGGCUAUCGAGGGGACAGACUGCAGACUUGAUGAGCUGGGGAGACUAGCAGACCGCACAAGCGGAAAGGUGGUGAUAGCAAGUCCACAUGAACUAUACACUGAAUUUGAGGAGAUUAUAGAGAACAGGACGAUAGCGACACACUGUAGUGUGACUUUGCUGCUUCCCACAACUCUGUGUGUGAAAGGAGAGAGAGAGGCUGGGAACAGGGUGACCAGAGAGGUGGGCAAUGUGGCACCAGACACAGAAAUCACCUUUCAAUUUGGAGCGAGGGAACACGGCUCACAGGGAGAGGUGUCAGCCCCAGUAGCAGGUGGCCGUGUGUCUGUUCAGCUGCAGCUGAGAUACAGACAGAAGGAUGGACACAGUAUGCUCAGAGUGCUGACUGCUGAUAAAGAGGUGACGGAUGACAGCUCAGUGGUCCUCUCCUCGCUGUUUCUAGCCAUCAUUCAGCUCAACUCAUCCCAGGCCAGCGCCGCUUUAGCUGUCAGGGGCCGCUUCCAAGACGCAAAGAGUGAGGGGGAGACACAGAGGGAACUGAUGGAGAGAGCCCUAGAGUAUGAUAGAAGUGCAGAAGACAAACUGAUUUAUUCAAAAUGGCUUAAAACCAUGGACCCUAUACACAACUGCCUAGAAAACUACACAAGGAGACAAUCCAUACGUUCGGAUACACUGCAGUCUCUAACAGACAUGGGUGCUGCACUGCUGUACAGCAUGAAGAACAGCAACAGGAGGCCUAUUACACUGAAGGAAAAGCACCAACACUGAUUGGUGGCUACUGACUAUGCCUGAUAUCCUUGGAAGUUAUUCAAGUCCUGCCGACUUCUGGGGAGGCUUAUUUAUGCACAAAUCUGACUAAUUCAUGUAUCUAACAAAAAUUCUAUAUCUGGAAAUAUAUUAUUUAAAAUAGCAUUAACCGUCGAUAUUUUACUUGUUCAUUCUAUUUGUAAAAACCACUUUUCCAAAGAAAUAAUAAAAUGUGCCUCUGUUCUUAUCUAUGCACACUAUCAGAACGUCAUGUCAGAACUGCGAUGGCACAUUGAAAGUGAAAUGGGUUUGUACCUACGGGGCCUUCAGAAUAUAGUCAUACCCCUUGAAAAUG